CAGAGCCUGCUGGGACCUGAACCAGGGAUGAGAUUUUUAUAAUACAGUAUUGCCUGCAUCUCCAUACGAAGUCAAAAGAAAAAAAGUUCAAUCUAUCCCAAUUAGCGAUAACAAAUUUUAGACCACUUGAAUCACUGUUGCUAACUUUCAAAGAGCAUCAGAAAAUAGUCUCUUGGUCUAAGCUGCUUGAGUGGACUGAUCCAACUAUAAUUACGAGCAAAAUCCUGAAGCACUGCUAACGGGAGUGAAAUACACAGAAACUGGUGGCUGACCUGACUUUGCCAUGGAACCUGAGGAUUUUGAUUCUGAGGACAAAGAGAUAUUAAGCUGGGAUAUCAAUGAUGUAAAACUGCCGCAGGAUGUGAAAAAGAUAGACUGGUUCCAAGAAUGGCCGGAUUCCUACGAGAAGUACAUCUACAGCUCGGAGGACAGGAGCGCGCAGAGGCACCUGAGCAGCUGGGCCAUGCGCAACACCAACAACCACAACUCGCGCAUCCUCAAGAAGUCCUGCCUGGGCGUGGUGGUGUGCAGCCGCGACUGCUCUGCCAAGGAGGGCCGCAAGAUCUACCUGAGGCCUGCGAUCUGCGACAAAGCCCGGCAGAAGCAGCAGAGGAAACGCUGUCCCAACUGCGAUGGGCCCCUGAAGCUCAUUCCCUGCCGAGGCCACGGGGGCUUCCCGGUCACCAACUUCUGGAGGCAUGAAGGACGCUUCAUAUUUUUCCAGUCAAAGGGAGAACAUGAUCAUCCAAAGCCAGAAACCAAAAUGGAAGCCGAGGCAAGAAGAACAGUAAAGAAAGUGCAGGUGGCGUCUUCCUCCGUCUCCUUAAAGCUGAACAGAAGCCCAGAGCCGAAGUCUGUUCCUGGUGAAGCACCAAGUUGGGGGAAUUUACCUUUAAACUGGUCUUUCCAGGAAAGCAUCCACCUGCCUGGUGGUGACGGUGGGCUUUUGACGCCUGGCAUCCCCCAUCCGAAGUCACCGAAUGAAGGCUUAUUUAAGAGCUAUGGUUUGGGGGGAGCCGCUGAUCUGGCAGACCCCACUUCUACCGUGGGCCCCUCUGAGCUCUAUGAGAAAUGCAGAGUGUCCAACGCGCGGAUCUAUGGUGCUGGGGACCUGCUUCAGCCUCCUGUCCCUGGAGUCCUCUCUGAUUACAGUGAUCUGCAAACAUGGAAUAAAAGUGCUGCUUUGGGGAGAAAUCCUCUUAACGACAACGGGUGUCCCAGUUACCCCUUCCCCCAGGCCGGCUGGCCUUAUGACUUCCCUCCUCCCCAGAACGCUUUAGAUCCCCUUUCUCAGCAGAUUCCAGUGGAACCACCUUCAGCCAAAACUGGCUGUCUCCCGUUAUGGCCAAGUUCAGGGGCGGAUCUCUAUGAAGAGAAGGUGCACAUGGAGUUUAACAGCUACUACCCUCCCGCCACGUGCCACUCGCCUCAGGAAGACCCCUUCCUCUUUACCUAUACCUCUUAUCCUCACCACCAGUAUUCGCUGCCAGGCAAGAGCAGCAAGUGGAAUUUUGAUGAAGAAAUGAGGUACAUGGGUCUGGAUCACUACAACAACGAAAUGCUUCUCAAGCGGGAUCCUUUAAGAUGAACCCAAUCUGAACCGUGCACAUAUGUGCACGGUUCAUACAUAUGUGAUUUGGAGCAGUCACUAUGGAGAAACAGUAUGGAGGUUCCU